UUCAAAUUGAACCUUCAACUUUUUUGUUUGCCUGCUAAGCGAAUCUCUAAAAGAAGCAGCUGACAAUAACUAACUGACAUUACUGCUAAAAGUGCUCUCCUCAAUGAUGGCAGGCAGCUCAGAUGUGCAGUGGCUUCAGCGGAAGCUGAAAGAGAAGGAGGGGGAAGUGCAGAAGGCUGCCCAGUAUGGCCUUCAGCUCCUGGAUGAUCAACUCAACUUGCAGAGCAAGUUGGAGGACCAGCGGGUUGAAAUGACCAAUGCUAUGGAGACUCUGGAGCAGGAGAAGUAUUCCCUCCAGCGGGAGGUGGAGCUGAAGGCACGCAUGCUGACCAGUCUGCAGUCUGAGUUUGAUGAGGUCAAGAAACAGCACAGGCACCUCCUGGAGCAGCAAGAAUCUCAGCUUGAAAGGAGCCAUGCCCAUGAACUCAGUGACUACAAGAACAAGAUGGAGCGCAUGAUGGCGGAGCGGGACGAGGCACAGCUGGCGGAGAAGCAGCUGCGACACAAGCUGGAGGUGCAGGCCGAGGCCCUGAGCAACAAGACCGAGGAGCUGCGUGCGCUGACUGAGCGAGCCCACGAGACCAUGUCCUCUGAGAUCUUGGAGCUGCAGGUGCAGAGGAUGGACAUGGAGGCUGCCAUGGAUGACUUGAAGAUGGAGCUUCAGGAGUGCCAGUACAAAGAGCAGCAGCUGCAGCUGGCGAGCACCAGCCUGCAGCGGCAGGUGGAGCAACUGACGGAGGAGAAGGAGGAGCGCCAGAAGGAAGCUGUCUCUUGCUACAACGCUCUGGAGAAAGCACGUGAAACCAAUCAGGAGCUACAGAUCCAGCUGGACCAGCUGCUUCAGAAGGAACAGGAUCCAGAUAGCAGAGGAAACUCUCUCUUUGCAGAGGUGGAGGACAAGCGAGCGGAGAUGGAGAGGCAGUUGAUCAGCGUGAAGGUUCAGUACAAGUCCCUGCAGCAGCAACAUGCUUUCUCAAAGCAGCAGAUGCAUCGCAUGAAGGUGCAGAUCGCGGCCCUGAUGCAGCUCCAAGGGUCGGGGGCAGACCCUGAGCAGCUUGAGCGCAUGCAGUCCAUGCUGUCGCAGAAGAACAAAGAGAUCGAAGCGCUCAUGACCAAAGUGCGGCAGCUGGAAUCUGAUCAGAAUAGUCUGAAGGCUAUAUGCCCAUCUGGCCCACCAGCCGAUGGUGAGACACAUGACGACACCUACUACACAGAUCUUCUUCAGAUGAAACUAUCCAAUUCUGUUAAAGAUUCUGAUCAGCUGAAAAAAGAGCUGUCCCUGGAGAGGAUGAAGUCUCUGUCGGAGAGCCAGAAGGUGCUGGAGAUGGAGAGGAAGUUGUUCGCCACACAGCAGUCCCUCAAGCAGAGCCAGGGGGACAACAUCAGGCUGCAGGUCAAAGUGGAGGAACUGCGUCUCAAAUACGAGCCAAGUGAGGUGGGUAAAGGCCGCGUCCAGAAGCGCAGGCGAGAGAAGCUUCCAGUUGAUCUCCCCGCUGAAGGCCCUGUGCCGAGCCAAGACGCCCCCUCUGCCAUGGAGACGGAGCUGGCCAGCCGCCCAGAGGCUGACCCCUGUAAGCCAGAGCCAGCACCGGGGGCCCCCCAGUGUCCCGAGGAGCAGCUGAUAGCAGCUCCUCUGCAGCCUGCCAAUGCCCUGCUCCUAAACCCCACGCAGCCCCGUGACAGCAAGUGUGUGCGCAUCUCCGACGAGCCGCCAGUUACCAUCCCAAAACCGCCCAGGUCUUCAUCAGAAGAGAGCAGUAUGUCAGAGGAGAUGGACGCCAGGCAGGGAGAGGGGGAGAACUGGCGAGGCGAGAGGAAAAAGAAAUCAAAGUAUCCCACCCCCAUCCAUGCUGCCCCACAGAAUACAAUGCAAAACCAAUGUGCUCAACAAUAGCUCUGAAUUAUAACUGAUAAUGGCUCAAAUCACUUCUUUUUUAAUUAUUAUAUAUAAUAAAUUAAU